CGGCAACGAACGACUGCGUUCGGCAGUCUUCACGACCACUACGUCAAGCUUGCGGACCCACGGACAAGCGACUGGCCAUUCAUGGGCAGCCCAGUGCCAAUAGUGACUCUCAUCGGAAUCUACUUGCUCUUCGCCUCCCGGCUCGGACCCUGGCUCAUGCGCGAUCGCGAGCCCUACAAAAUACGAAAUCUCGUGUUCGCCUAUAACGUGGCUAUGGUGGCGCUGAGCUUCUACUUCAUCUACAUCACGCUGACCUACAUGGGAAUGCGGACGGUACAGAGCCUGCUGUGCUGGCCGACGGACCCGAGGCCCACUGGGAUAAAUAUGUUCUUUCUGGACAAGGCCUGGUACUACAUGCUCAUGAAGGCCGGCGAGAUGCUGGACACGCUGUUCUUCGUGCUGCGGAAGAAGACGCGCCACCUCAGCUUCCUCCACUUGCUGCACCACUCGCUCGCCUUGUGGUCCGUGUGGCUAGUGCUAACGCUGGGGAUCACGGGACACGUGUACUCUUUUCCGCUGCUCAACUCUGCCGUGCAUGUCGUUAUGUACAUCUACUACGCUCUCUCCGCACUGGAGCCCGCGAUGCGGCCGAAAUUGUGGUGGAAGAAGUACGUCACUCUGUUCCAGAUCAUCCAGUUCACCGCGCUCGCUCUGCACGCCCUGAUACCAGUUGUCGUUGACUGCGGUAUAUCCCGAGUCCUCGCCUUCGUCGGCGCUCUGGAGGGAAUCCUAUUUGCCAGCCUUUUCACGGACUUCUACUACACUGCAUACGUCCGGCAGCGUUCGAAAACCCGUUAAUUGCUCCUGAACCAUGUCUUGUGUGAGUCUUGAGGACAUCAAACACCUGUGCGCCACAAUUCAAGACUCGUUGAUGGAUGUCCUAUAACUUACGUGGGAGUGAUCUUGUGUCCACUCCUUUCGUUGUAAAUUUUGCUGACAACUUGAACAGAAGAUAGAUGUUUGUGUUUCAUCAGUUCCCUGCGUCACCAAGCUGCAUUACCGACCUAGACUGGCUCUGUGGGCUUCAUGAGAACUUUCCUCAUCUUUUGGUUUGGGAGUGUACUGCAUUUCUGAAACAUAACCGUUAGGAGCACUUGGUUGGAAUAUGAAAGUAAGAUUUGGGUUGAAGUUUUUAGAGGAGCGGAGAAGAUAAGUUCGCACGAAUUCGAAGUCUCCCUUAGCUUAACAUAAUCGAAACAUCUGGCUGGUUGAGUUCUGUAUUCACGUUGUCACAAUAUGCAACCAGUUGAGAAAAAGACUGUUCUGAUGUAACUAUGAAGUGAGUUGGAAGAGUUUCUUGUGAUUUCUAUGGUGUAACUUGCCGUCUCAGCAUGUGGAAAUGUUAGAUACCUUGCAAAAUGCCUGAAUAUGCCACGUGACCUUUGGGGUACUAAUUUACCGAAUAAGAUGUCUUGGUGACAGCUAUUGAUUUUACAGAAUUUCGUGGCAGUCAUGCUAAGAUGUGGUUGAAUUUUGCUGAGUCAUUUUUCAGACAACAGAGCACUCGAUCCGGCAGAGUGCAAAAGUCAUAAUCAGUUCUGAGAAAGUAAAUACCUUCUCGCGAAGCUGCAGAAAGCAUAGACGCUUCAAUUGAAGAGCAGAAGAUCUAAGAAAAUGUCCCGUACUGUCAUUGCUGUGGUACAUGCCUAUAGGCAUAUUUAGGAGUGAUAUUCGAUGCUUGUAUGAUGCAUAAGCGGGUGACUAUUUUCGGCGAUGAACUGAAGAGAACGCUUUUUGGCAUGUCCCAUGGUAUCCAGGAUUGAACAUAAUAAAACAAGUUUCCGACUAUUCUUCGACCUGUUUUUUUUUUCAUUUUUUUGUCACCGAUGGUAUUUAUCAUAAUACUUGGUAUGUAGCCAUCGUAAUGUAGUCGAAGAACUGAAAUUGCAUUCGUUUCUUUCUCACGCAAUCUUUUUCUCGCUGUCAAUGUUUAUUUAUGUAGUAUGGUCGAUAGCGCUCUCACGUGAUUCUUUGUGCGCCACAAACGAAGCCUUUUUCGCAUUUCUGCGCAGCUUAUAUGCAAAAGUGGAAUGAACAUGGCCCACUCCACUAUAUGUUUAACUAAGGCGCAGAUUACCGAUCGUUCCUCGACCGGCGAGAACAACCAGUGGACGCCGCUGUGGCCUCAAGAACUGCUAACGUGCGCACUUCCGCUUACUUCCAAGCAACACGCGCAACGCGAGGGAAGACCUGAAGCGCAAGCUCGCCGCGUUCAGCCGUCAUGAC